AAUCGAUCGACCCCAGACAGGAGGAAUAACCGUAUGAUCACUCCGACCCUCGACGUACGCACAUUUAAUCCCUGGAGUAAAGUUUGGCUGCGCCAACCUCUACUGUUGAUCGAUGGCUCCGUUCCGAUCCUCUCGUCGGUCUCAAGCACUUACAGAAAACGUCCCCAAUAGGACGAGAACGGGACAGGUUGAUCACGAUGUCUUUGAAGGUUUUCCGGUCCGGCGCUGGGUCCGACAGCCAGUGGUGGUUUACCAGAAUCCGAAAGUUGAGCAACCAGACACGAGGCUGGGAGGAUCGCAAGCCAUACCCGAAUUACCGAUGCCCAGAGACAGCCACCUUUUAACCCCAAUGAGUCGAGCAUUACUACGCGCUUCCAGAGCCGGAUGCAAGUAUAUUCGGCCCGCGCCUACUGAGGUCGAGGACGACGAUAAGGAGAUCAAAGACGCUGAUGAACCUGUUGCGGCCCCUCCGUUUGAACGCACCUUUACAGCUGGAAAGUGGACAUUGGUACCGCGACAUAUUGAGCCCCCUGAGGCAGAAUUUCUCGCGAAGAGAAGGGCUGGAUUGUCGUCACUGUAUGGAUCAACCGCAAUAAACGACACGGCAGAAGUGCAACCCGAACCUAAGCCGCCAAUGAGGAAAACCAAAUUCAAGAAGGUCGAUCCUACGACGGGAAAUGUUUCGAUAUAUGAAGCCUGGGUACCUGAAGGUCAUAAAGUAGAAGGAGAGAUUACAGAAAAUACUGAAGCUGUUCCUGAGAAUAGCGAUGGGACUGUUGUUGAAGCAUCGCCGGCUCCAGGAACGGUUGUCGAAGGUUUUGGAGUGGUAGAUACCCAAGGGGUGGUUGUCGCUGAGACCGAUUCAACCAUAGUUGCUCCAAUAAAGAGGAAGCACUCCCCUCCCAAAAGGAAGGCAAAAGGUAUUGGAAAAGGUAGACGGAAGAAGGUGAUGUUCGCGCCUGGCGAAGGUGAGAUUGCGGUAACCACUCCCGUCGGAACCGAAACUACUUGGGACGUGGCGAUGUCGGGUACAGCGCGAGAUGGCAGCUCCACUACUACGCCAGGAUUACAGGAUGAGGAUGAAGAUGAGGACGAAGAAAAUGAGGGAGAAGAGAGUGACGAGGGAGAAGAGUCGGCGGCCGAAUCAAAGUCUCCUGGGGCUCUCAGUAAAUCUGAACAAGAAGCUGCAGGAGAUGCGCAAACAGUUCCUGAAACGGAGGAAUCCAAUCUACAUAUACACGAACAGUCUUUACUCCCGAACCAGGAGCAACACAAAGAUGCCGCAAUUUCAGCAAGAGACAAGUCCAACUCACCAGGUAUCCCACAUACGACCUCUGCCACCACAAUUCGUCCCACAGAACCCUCUGACGAGGAGAUCCCUCCACCACCCCAAUCACAACCCCAACCCCCUGUCACCAUAAAAAUGCCUUCUCCAUUCCCCGUCCAAACAGUUGCCGAAUUCUCUGAACCAACCAAGGACAUCUCCUUCAGUGACACCCAACCACAGCAUUCACAAUCCGCAAAUAACGGGGCAAAAGCACCCGCAGACAACCAAAAUGGCAACUCAACCCCACAAGAAAAGUCUCGUAGCCCAAUUGACGGCGUUCAUCCUGAUGCUGCCACUCAACCUUUCCACCCACAAGAAAAUCCAUCCUCAACAACAUCAACACCUCCUGAGCCACACAGCGCCACCGUCCGGUUCGAGAACGGUGAGGUUGAUUUGCUUGGUAGUCUAGAAGCAAGUUUAGAUAACCCCAGCAAAAACGCGACUGCUCGCAAUCACAAUCACUUCUCUCCGACGACGGAGGCUGGUCGGAGUGGUGCUAUUGUUGCUUCAGAGCAGGAUGCUUCGGUUCGCGAAAAUGAUGAACGUAGAGGCUCCUCUGAUGAGAAAAAGGAUUUCGAGAUGACUGGACAGUAGGAAUUUCGUACUCCAGUCCAGUCCCUUCUUUUUUCUUGUUUCAUUAUUCCGCUACGACUACCCCUCCGGAAUAGAGAUUGUGUUUCGGACCUAGCUUCCCCUUGGCAUUUUUGAAUGUCAUUUUUGAUGAUGUGUAUAUGCCUAUGGGGUCCAUUACUGAAGUCCUCCUGCGCAAGGAGCAGUGAGUGUAUUGCUUCUCGGAGUUAAUUUUUGGUGUGGAGUACAUAUAUUGGGGAUGGACGGUGAAUGUUAUGGUAAAUUUGUUUUUGUCUUGCUUUCAUCGCGAAAACCCACUGCUGCGGGUGAUGGUUUUUGCGGUUCUGUCCAAUGCACCCUAAUAAUCAGCAACCGAAGAGAGAGAAAGAAGGUGCUCAAUCCAUCACCACAAAGGAAUAAAAAGGAAAAGGAGAUUUCUGUUCUACUCACGCUUCGCCCACUCGCCCACCACAGAAUCCUCCCCUAUCUUCGCAGCCACUUUCCCGGCCAUAACCUGUUCUCUCGUGACACUCAUCAUAUCUGCCGGUAAGCCCAUAGAUGCGAGAAAGUGGACUGUUUCGGUCCACUCGCGCUCUCGCCUUGCGCGGCUCCAUUUCAGCUCAUUGCCCAUGAGGUCUAUUACACCUGGCAGGGCUUGCAGAGCCGCAUUGGUGUCCAAAAAGGCUAGGCGGGUACGCCGUGCAAGAAAGUCUGCAGCGGUCAUGGCGUAUUCGUUCUUGAUUGCGUACUUGAUUUCGGCUUUGAGGUAGGGGUAGGAGGGUGAAAGGCGUACGUGAGAGGUGGGUGAAAGUGUGGAGGUGGUAGUAUUGCCUGGGGUUGAGGACGAGGCAGAAGAUGCGGAUAUGGAGGCAACUUCCCAGGCGCGGUCGCCGUAUGCAUGUGCCAGAUGCAGCGCGACUUCAGCGUCGAGGUUGAAUCUUUUGAUAAGAUCGAUAUAUAAAGUUUUGUGAUAUCCGUGGGCUCCGAUGACUGGCAGAGCAUGCGUUUGGCAGGAUCCGUCAAGGAGUGGUGCCAUCUCGUCAGCACCAGUGCCACUGAUAUUAGGGUGCUGCCGGUGUCCCUGUGGCUUCAGGUGGAAUUCCAUGAUGGCCUUGUUGACCGCAUCCUCAGCCAUCUCCCGAUACGUGGUCCAUUUUCCACCAGCACAGGUGAGCAGGCCAGAUUUUGAGACUGUGACCAGGUGACUUCGCACAAGAGAUUCCGUAUUCUUCGAGUUUGGGUCCAAGAUCAAAGGCCGUAUACCUGACCACGCAGACAAUACAUCAGAACGGCGAAGGUCAAUCUCCGGAGUGAGCUGCUCUCUAAUCUCGUUCAAUAUCCAAUCGAUAUCCUUACUCCUGGGGAUGGGCGAUUUCUCUACUUCGCAGGGGCUAUCCGUGGUCCCAGCGAUCAGAUUCCCUCCCCAUGGCAAGAGGAAAAUCACCCGCCCGUCCGACGAGGGGUCUAUUAGUCCAAAUUUCUGAGGUCCAAGCCAUCCGGGGAGGACAAUAUGGACACCGCUACUCGGUGCCACUAUGUUCCUCUUCGUCGGCUCAUCCAUUUGUUGAAUGGCAUCUGAAAAUGGCCCAGUUGCAUUAAUUAUCCCCUUUGCACGCACGGUAAAUACCCGGUUUUCAUCCUCAUUAUCACAAAGUGUAUCUCGAACCUGCGCCCCGCAGAGCAUUCCACUGGCAUCCUUCUCCAACCCAGUGACUUCCAUGUGAUUGACCACAGUAGCACCAUACAACGCCGCGGUCAUAGCCAGCGAAACGUUCAUUCUCGCAUCAUUAUGCUGGCCAUCAUAAUAACAUAGCGCCCCAACCAUCCCAUUCGCAUUAAGCGUUGGAAACGCACCCAUGGCUCUAUUCUUCGUCAUAAAAUACGACCCUUCCGGCGAUCCUUGGUGGCCAGCAAGCAAGUCAUACAUCUUCGUCCCAGCCCAAAGAUACGGAGCCUGCCACCAUGUGCGAAUCGGCAGCAGAGUGGGCAACCAAGUUGAGAGAUGUGGGGCGAUAUCAAGGAAAUAUUUCCGCUCGUGCAGCGCCUCCUUCACCAGCUUGUAUUGAUUGUAAUCCAGGUUCAAAAUAGCCUUUUCGAGAUAUCGAACACCACCAUGAACGAGUUUUGUGCUUUUGCUACUCGUCCCGCUGCUGAAGUCAUCUCGCUCGACGAGGGCUACUUUCAACCCGCGCGUUGCGGCAUCUAGGGCAAUUCCUGCCCCUGUAGCGCCUGCUCCAAUUAUGAGAAGAUCGUAUAUACCCUCAUCUUCCUUCUUUCCUUCUCCUCCAUGGUGUGUAUUUGGCUCUGUUCGUUGAGCCAGGUGAAGUUUGUCAUUCGCACUUCGUCUGAGGUCGGAUAUCUGUUCAUAUCUUGGCUUUAUUUGGGGGAAUCUCGGGGGUAUAUCACUUGGCAAACGCGAUCUGGUUUGGGCUCCGGGCCGGCCUAGGCCGCUCGUAUACGAUGUAACUGUGUAGAUUGCAAUACCUCCCGUGGCAACGAAUAUCGAAGUAUAGGCUAGUGGCUUGAGCACCGCUCGUGAUGAGAAACGGGAGGCCAUGUGGAUUGGGCGGACUGACUGUCUUCUACCCUUACUCUGGCGCUAUCACCAGCUCGUUAGGUGGGAAAUGCCCGAGUUCCUUUUGAUACGAGGUCGCGCAGUGGGCCAGGCGGGAUCUGGAUAGAUAUGAGGUUGAGGAAUGGGUGGACGAAUAUCUCUAAUAAGUCCAAGGAGACGACUGUAAGAAAAAAUAGAAGAACAAAAAUUUUUCUAUUUAUUGAUGCGAAACAGAAGCGAGGAAUUGAAAACAAGAAAAGGGCCCUCUGGGCUCAGCAACGGUGUUGAGUGGGUUGGGUGAAAGACUGCAUGCAGGGCCUAUUAAACACAAAGGAGCGUACAACGUGCCCUACCUCCCAGGACAAUUUUAAUAGAAGCCAAUGAAAAUGUCCGCAAUGGUUUUAUAUGAAGAGAAGAAAGAACCCACGGCAACCUUGUAAGAAGAAGAAGAAGAAGAAGAAGAAGAAGAAGAAGAAGAAUGAAAGUAAAAUGAAAGUAAAGUUAUAAAAAGAGAAAUGAGAGAGAAAAGGUUCUAAAGGGCAGAGUAGGGGGGUCACCAAAAAGAUAACAUUGAAGAAAAUGGUUUCAUGAUCUCCAUAUUAAAUAGAUUUGAUACCCGCUUUCACAUUGUAAUAAUAAUGAUUCACCACCGUCACCGUGCAGCAA